UUUUCUUCCGGGGUGCGGCCCGCUCGGGGGGUUUCGCUUCCGGGACGGUGUUCCGGCCCGUUCCCACCCCCGGGAGCUGGGUUGUACACCUACAACUGGGGAGCCAUGGAGAAGAGUGGAAACAUUCAGCUGGAGAUCCCGGACUUCAGCAACUCUGUCCUGAGCCACCUAAACCAGCUGCGCAUGCAGGGCCGCCUGUGUGACAUAGUGGUCAAUGUGCAAGGACAGGCUUUCCGUGCUCACAAAGUGGUGCUGGCUGCUAGCUCACCCUACUUCCGUGACCAUAUGUCAUUGAACGAGAUGAGCACAGUCUCCAUUUCAGUCAUCAAGAACCCCACUGUUUUUGAGCAGCUCCUUUCCUUUUGUUAUACCGGGCGGAUAUGCCUGCAGUUGGCUGACAUCAUCAGUUACCUAACGGCAGCCAGCUUCCUACAGAUGCAGCACAUUAUAGACAAAUGCACGCAGAUCCUCGAGGGAAUUCACUUCAAAAUUAAUGUGGCAGAGGUUGAAGCUGAACCUAGUCAGACUAGGACAAAGCAUCAGGAGAGACCCCCAGAGUCUCACCGGCUUACCCCAAAUCUAAACCGCUCUCUGAGCCCACGUCACAACACUCCAAAAGGGAGUCGUCUAGGCCAGGUCAGCACUGUGCUGGACAUUCGGGAGCUGAGCCCCCCUGAGGAGUCCACCAGCCCUCAGAUAAUUGAGCAGAGUUCAGAUGUGGAGAGCAGGGAGCCCAUACUGCGGAUUAACAGAGCAGGACAGUGGUACGUUGAGACAGGAGUGGCUGACCGUGGGGGACGGAACGACGAUGAUGUUAGGGUGCUUGGAGGAGUGCGCAUUAAAACAGAGAACCUGGAGGAGUGGCUGGGAACGGAGAAUCAGCCAUCGGGAGAAGAUGGGAGCAGCGCUGAGGAGGUCACGACCAUGGUAAUUGACACAACAGGCCACGGAUCGAUGGGCCAGGAGACUUACACAUUAGGGUCAUCAGGAGCCAAAGUGGUUAGGCCAACCAGCAGUGAGAUUGACAGAUUUAGUCCUUCUGGCAGCAUGGUUACUGUAACUGAGCGGUACAGAUCGAAAAGUGAGUCUCCCGGGCGGAUGGAUGAGCCUAAGCAGCCCAAUUCCCAGGUGGAGGAGUCCGCCAUGAUUGGAGUGAGCGGUUAUGUUGAGUAUCUCCGUGAACAGGAAGUGUCUGAGCGGUGGUUCCGGUACAACCCACGGCUCACCUGCAUCUACUGUGCCAAAUCCUUCAACCAGAAAGGCAGUCUGGACCGGCACAUGCGUCUUCACAUGGGCAUCACGCCCUUCGUUUGCCGCAUGUGCGGUAAAAAGUACACCCGCAAGGAUCAGCUGGAGUAUCACAUCCGCAAGCACACAGGCAACAAGCCCUUUCAUUGCCACGUUUGCGGCAAGAGCUUCCCCUUCCAGGCCAUCCUCAACCAACACUUUCGCAAAAACCACCCUGGCUGUGUGCCUCUGGAGGGGCCGCACAGCAUUUCUCCCGAGACCACCGUCACCUCCAGGGGGCAGGCCGAGGAAGAGUCUCCCCCGCAGGAGGAAGCUGUUGUAGCAGGGGAGACGGCACAGGGAUCUGUGUCCACCACCGGGCCAGAUUGAAAUGGGUUGUGGGGGAGGACCCUCUUCCCGUUUGGCUGUAAGCAGUCAGCACCGAGACGGCGGGCUGGUACUGUAAUCAGUGCAAUGCCACCACCGGACGGGAUGUUGCCAAAACAGAAGAUUAACAAAAACAAAGUGCUAAAAGCUUUUCCCCUUUUCCUCAUCUCCUUGGGAAAAAACAAAACUGGGUCAAUCGACUUCUGAUUCAGGGAUCGACGGGAUUUUUUAAUGUUUUUAAUAUAUUCAGUAGCGAUCCAGGAGAAGCAGUCGUUUUAUUUCUUGACAGCAUUUUGGCUCAGCACCUCGGUCUCUGUGGUGGUGGUUGGCUGUAAUGGCCCCAAUUCAGUGAGUGCAGUGCACAGGUGUCUGUCUUCGCAACAGCUGCUGGUCCAUCACAUGGGGUAGCAGGGGCAAGGAACACUUACCCUCCCCUUUUCCCAGGUAGUUGUCAUGUUAAAGAAAUAUCACUCUCCUGGUGGAUCUUGCCCUACCUGAGUGUAUUUAUCCUGUCUUAUUUUGGUGUGUCUCUUUUAAAAUUUUAAUUAAACCAUUAUUUUAGGGCUUUCUGCUUGCCCUUUCCAGGCAUAUGGCAUUCUGCCCACUUGUUAAAAGCGGGCAGCAACCUUUGAGCAGUAUUCUAGAGGUCAGCAAAAUCUGAAGAGCGUAGGCUACUGAAAGUGAAAUUAGCAGCUGUGAGGUUUGCAUUAGAUUCGUCUACAUUUUUUGGGGAGGGGAUUUGGGACAGGGUGCGCUUAUUGGUGCUAGUAUUAAUAGCACAGAGCAUUUCAACUUCCUGACCAGUUUCUGCACACUGCAGUGCUUCACAUGUUGCCAAGAGUUAGGAAGAGAUUUCUUGUCUGGAUGAAUUGACAAGUGAGAGGCUGGCUACCUAAGUCAUCUUUGGCUUUCCCUGCACUUGGUUUUACAUAACAGCAAUACUGUAUAUUGAAACAGUCCAAUCCCAGUGAAAUUAUCAUGGGUUGUUUUUAACUAUGUCUCCGUGUACUAGUUUGAUAAGUUUAUAUGAAUCAAAUGCAAAAAAAACCUGACAUUAACUCCUCAUAAUGGUUCAGGAAAUUCAAAGUUGCUGCUCCUACAGUAAUCGUAACUCUGUCCCUUGCACAUAUUAUAUUCCAGGUAGCUCUGAAGUGAAGGGUAAGUGUACCAAACCCAGAGCGAUAUGCCUUCAUCACGUCUCAGACAUGUUUGCACAUGCAAAUGUGUUUAUAAAUUAAAAAAUAGUAUAGGUACAUCGGUGCAAGUUCAAAAGAGCAAAUGUCUUGAUGUCCUUUUAAAAAGUCUUUAAAAAUAUGCAAUAGUUGAAGAGUUGGCUUUGACUUUGAUGCUGGGUUGUAUGUAAGUGCAAAUAGGAAUGAACUGCUGGUCCUACUGCUUUUGGAGCUUGGAAUUAGGAGAGGCUGCGUGUCUGAAGGAAGCCUGUGGUCCGAGGGAACAUAGUGUGUGAUGGGGGAGGAUGAACAUCAGGCUAGUGGGAGGAGCAAGGAGGCGUUUGAAAAACAGUGUAAACAUUAGCACAGAAUUGGCAGACAGGAGACCUCAGUUUUUAUUCCUUUCCCUCCUAGUGAUUUGGGGUACUUCUCCAUAGCAAAAAAAGACCUGUGGCAGUGAGUCUCAGAGCCUGGUCAGUUGACUCAGGCUAGCAGGGCUCAUGCUGCAGAGCUAAAAAAUAGCAGUGUAGACAUUGGGGCUCAGGCUGGAGCCUGGGCUCUGAAACCUGGCAGAGAGGGAGGGUCUUGGAGCCCAGGCUCCAGCCCGAACCCAAACGUCUACACUGCUGUUUUUACCCCCACAACGCAAGUCCGAGUCAGGUGACCCAGGCUCUGAGACUUGUUGCUACAGAAUUUUGUGCAGGCUCUGAGACUUGUUGCUACAGAAUUUUGUGUUUUGCUGUGUAGAUGUACCUUACAGUGUAACCCUGGGCAAACCAAACCUUCCUGUGCCAGUUUCCCUAUCUGUAAAAUGGGGGUAAUACUACUUCCCUACCUCACAGCAUGCUUGGAUGGAAGAAUCUCUAGAAGGGCAAAGUAUUAUUAUCCACUCUCCUGUGUAACAUAAGGGUCACACUGCCUCCUCCACCUCUUUCCCAGCUAGCGAAGGCCAUGGUAGUGUGGUUCUUUGCGUGCAAUGUAAAGGAGAGGAAUUGGAAUAGACAGUUUGAAUCUGGUGGUGCCAUGAUAGAAUGCAAUGAGGAUGCUCUCUCAGAGGGAAGCUUUGGGGAUGUUCUGAGGUAGGAUAGUUGCAAAGUACAGUUCUGUUGAUUACAGUAGAACCUCAGAGUUAUGAACUCCAGAGUUACAAACUGAUCAGUCAACCACACACCACAUUGGGAACCGGAAGUACGCAAUCAAGCAGCAGCAAAGACAAAAGAAAAAGCAACUACAAUACUGUGUUAAAUGUAAACUACUAAAAUAAUAAAGGGAAAGCAGCAUUUUUUUUUCUGCCUAGUAAAGUUUCAAAGCUAUAUUAAGUCAAUGUUCAGUUGUAAACUUUUGAAAGAACCACCAUAAUGUUUUAUUCAGAGUUACGAACGUUUCAGAGUUACGAAGAGCCUCCAUUCCCAAGGUGUUCAUAACUCUGAGGUUCUACUGUAUUUAAAACAUAGACAUUGAUGCCGUACCACCUGUCAAGUGGCAGAAUAAGACAGUGAAAGCUGUUCUAAUGAGUCACCCCCAGGACCAUCAAAAGUCAGCAAUCUAGUGAAGGUCAAACAAAAUAGGACCGGAAACCUUAAGAGUGUUUGAAAGCGGCCACAGAAGAAAGGAGAGAGGUGGUUGUUAGUGUGGAUUUCUCCAGAAUCAAGGCCAGAGGGGAAAUGGGAUGCACAGAAUAUGCUGCGUUAGUCAUAGCUGUUGAACUUACCAAAAAAAAACCCCAAACUAUCCUGUUCGCACUAGAGAGCAUCAGAAAAUACUUUUAGUUACCUACAAAAUUUUAAGUGUUUAAAAUUUAACUUUUAAAAUACUACCAACUGUAAAACAUAAAAUUAUUUAUAUACAUGUGUAUGUAUAUAUAUAUAGUAGGAAAGUUUCCCUACUGAGCUUGCUGGGAAGAGAAGGGUGAAGGUGCAGUAACUGCUAUACAAGCAAAAUUUCUCCGAAGCCGAUGGCAACAAAUUCAUUAAGUGAUGAAGGGCUGAAAUGAAAUACUGAAUGCCUUGUCCGUAUGACAUGGCUAUGAGUUUCUUGAACAGGUUUUUACUGUAUUGAUACUGUGAACAGAGGAGAUCCUAGUAAUCUUGGAUAAUGUCAGCACCUCCUUGCUUGCUGAUUCACUCCUCUUAAUUGGCCUGGCAAGAGCCGUGAAAUUGUUUUUUACUAUUAGCCUAGGCUAGUCUAAAAAAUGAACAAUAAUAAAGCUUGUGAAAGAAUUUUUUGUGUUGUGCAGCACUUGCGGUUGUACAAACAACCAUUUCUGAUUGCAUGUGAAAGAGCCAAUAUUCUUGCCUAGGCCUCGUUGAGGUAAAGUUUAUAGCUUGUAGCUAGGGUAAGUGUAAAGUAUGGGAGUGGGGAUCAUUAAUACUCUUUUUGUACAUUUACUGAAUGUGUAUGUGUGUAUAUUUGUGUGUGUGGAGAUCCUGGUGUCUCUAGUGCUUUCUGUAACAAUGCUGAAAGCUAUCUAUGCUAGCAAUUUGAGAACCAGGUCAGAUGGGGCUGUUUCUGAAAUUAUCAUCACUAAUGGUUCAGUUUUCUAGUGAAAAUGAGGCCAAGAUGGGAGAAUAGAAAUGACUGGUGUCUUGCCUACAAUAGAAAAAAUACUACUCAUUUUUCAGCAAGGGUGCAGCUGCUUUGAGCAGUUUUUCAUGACAUAGUGAUAAAAACCUUAGGCCGGUGUACAUUGGCAAUUAUACCUUUGUUGCAGCUCCACUGAUGUUGGGGGGGCGGGGAAAGGGACAUAUUUUUCUAGUAUAGACAUAUCCCGGAUUGGCUGGGGAUCUGGCUUUGCAUUUCAGUGUGUAACUGCAACUUUUCACCUUUGCUAAACUGUGAUUUCAACUCUGAUUUGAAGGGGCAUGUGUAGAGAAGAGCUCUGUCAUAUAUUAAUACUUCUGUAAUUAAUAUGUCUGUUAGAGCUUCAGAACCAGGGCUUAAAAUCCCACUUGCCUAUGUGCCCCUGCCAAGAGAGGAACAUGGAUCAUCAAUUUCUGGAGAAUAUUGUUUUUCUGUAAUGGGGGGGGGGGGAAAGUUUCUAGUUCUUGAUGGUUGCAAAGAUAACCUUCCAAAUGUGAACUGAUGCAGGCGUUUCCCUGAGUCUGCAGAAAGCUCUGGUCCCCUCACUGCUGGCCAUAGCUUUGCCAAGUAGGAGCAGCGUGUAAUUAAUGCCACUCUGGGCAGUUUCGCUGCUGCCACUGGGUUUUCUGUGAAUAGCUGUGGAAAAACCAAGAAUCGUGUCAAUAUUGUGCUGCUGCUUUUUAGGAAAGCUAAACUCCUCCUUUUGAUCCUCCUUGCCAGAAGGCUGGGGAAGGGCAAACUCUUCCCCACACUCUUGCAGCAGCCAUGAGGCUCUGGGGCUGCAGGAAGGGAAAAGAGAGCGGCUUCUCUUUCCCCACAGACCGCUAGAGAAGGGUGGAUGGCUGUACAACAUUUAUUUGUAUCUCUAGCCAGAGGCUGAUACAAAACAUAGAGCCUCCUACCAGGAUCCAGGGAUAGCAACCUGAUAAGAAUCCAAGCAGUUGAGCUAGGGGGGGAAGCCCCUACUUAUCUUUCGUAUGAGUCUCUGGGCCUAUCAUCAGGUUAUUGCACCCACUGAUCAUUUUCCAUACCCUGGUCAGUAUGUUUAGUCCUCUGUCUAGUCAGGUUGUUAGUAAAUUUUUCAAGCCACCUUUUGUAGAAUUCAGUUUUCAAAGGCCUGGAUGAUGAACUAGAAAUGGAAUAUGGAUAAUUUCACUUCUAGAUCACUGGUUUAAAUCCCAGGGAGACAGGUAGUGACUAAACUUUGUUACCAUCUGACAGUUAUUCAGUGCAGGAAAUACGUUUGGAACUAAUUGGCAGUCUUUCUGAAAGUCUUAGCGAAGAGAUGAUCGUGGAUUUAAUGAGCAUAGAGCCAGGACAUGUGUAAUCCCACACAUGGUCCUUCCAGACCAGGGUUGAAACAAAUUGACUGGGAAAAGCUCUCUCUUCUACCGCUUGUUCUGUAUCUAUCCUGUGACACCCAAAUGACCUCACUUUCCAGUGCUGUCAGUGCCUCAACUUUCACCAGUAAUAAAUUUACUUAAAAAUGUGGCCUCAAUCCUGCAAAUGAACUAAGAGAACAGACCCUUGCACUUGUGUGGAACCCCUUUGACUUUAAUGGGGAUCUGUCCAUACAGAUCCAUUUGGAGGAUUCGGGCCUUAACUUUUAUGUGCUACUGCAGAAGCAGAUGAAAAAUUAUCUGGAAGAUGCAGUUUACAGUGCAAAUUAGCCCAUAAAAUGGAUACUUUGAGUCAUGCAUUUUAAUUAACAGCAAAAAUUAGCACCCAGAAAACCUAUUAGUUAAAACUUUAUAAAAAUCUGCUGUUUUGCACAUAGUGGUGCCUGACUAAUUUAGAGGUACGAUUAGAGCAUGCAGACGAUUUCCAUUCUCAGGCUGCUUUGCUUUGCUUUUGGAGAAAUGUUUUGGGGAUAGGAGAAGCCAAAGGAAUGCUGCUUUGUGGAACCUCAAAUUGUUUGAGCUUUUAGUUUGGGGUUUUGUGUAAUUCAGGUUUGUCAGAGAAAAAUAUUUCCCUUAAUUCUCUCUUUCACGAGAGGAUGUUCUGUAGUGGCUAAAGCUUGAGGUCUGAAGUCAGAAAAUCUGGGCUCUUUGAACAGCUGUGCUACUGAUGGGCUAUGUGUCAUUGGGCAAGUCUCUAUACCUGAGUUUCCCUUCAUUGAAAUGGAGAUACUGAUACUCAUUGGGGUGGAAUACAUGUUGUGAGGCAUAACUCAUUGAUGGUUGUAAAGCGCUUUAAGAUCCUCAAGGAAAGGCUCUAGAGCUAGCAAAAAAUGUUUAUUAUUUAAGCCAUUGUGAUUCAAGGGAAAUUUUUAUAUAAAACUAUAUUUAUUUGUGACCAAAUGGAAGCUAGUACUAUGCAAACACUACAGGCUGUUGUUUGACCGCAAUCAGUGUCAGGCCUUUUAGGGCUGUUUGGGGAAUAGAAUAGGUUGGUUUUUAAAAAGGCAGCAGUCCAGAGCUCAUGUUGUGUCACAGCCAGGGGAACUGGAACCUCAAACUGUUGUAAAUCUAGGGGGGGCGGGAAACAACCCAUUUUAAGUGGGUGAUAGAUUUUGGCCAAAAGAGUCCUCCCAUCUCUAGUUACGUGGGCGCAUUGUUGCACGUGAAUGACCAACGAAGUGCAUACUAAAAAGGCUGUCUUUGAAAAUGUAGCUUUUUUACAAGCAUAACGGGAGAUACAGAGCCUGGAGUUUGGGAAGGUGGAUCUGAAGUAUUACGGAUGCUAGCUAGAAAAGGACGGAAGGUCUAGAGCAAAGGUUUCCAAACUGUGGGGCAUGUCCCCCGGGGAGGGGCACCAUAAGGUUAAUGGGGGCGCGAAGACAUGAUGGGGCCAUGCUCAAAAGCCAGGGUCAAGGGGGGGGGGUGUUCAGCAGGGGAAGCAUUUGGGGCUCUGUGCAGCCAAGACCAGGCUCCCUGCUCAUCUUGCUCCUCGAUUGCAGCAGCCAGCAGUUAUCCUCCUCUGCUGGGGAGGCCAGCAGGGAUUCUGUGAGCAGGGAGCAAAAGGCUGCACCCUGGCAAUAAUGAUACCCUGCUCUGCCCCAGCACCAAUGGGAGCCAGCCAGCCAACCCAGUUCCCCUGUGACUGCUGAGCCCCCACCCCUUCCCUGAUCCUCCCCCUCUCCACAGUUAUGGAGGGGUGAGCAUGGGACAUGAAUCUACAAAGGGGGGCUCAGCAAAAAUGUUUGGCAACCUCUGAUCUAGAGAACUAGGCAGUGAAAUUUGCAUGGUUGAGUGGGAGUCUGACUGGGAAUGUACGUCUUCCAUACCAAGGGUUGAGUUAGCUUCACAAGAAUCUUCUUAUCCCUGAAUAUUACUGAGGGAGAAUGGCUGGGACCUAUUGUUUUAGUGUCAUUGUGCUGAAUCUGGUCCCAUUGACGUCACUGGAAAUCUUGCCAUUGACUUUGAUGGGACCAGAAUUUGCCCCAUUGACAGCAAAGGGUCUGAUGUGGUUUGUACCACUUCUCCAUGGCAGGUAAGAUCUCUGCUUCUGGCACGAAUCUUCAGUCUUAACUCCUGAUGUAAACUCAAAAUAUUCCUAGCCAGAAUCUUCAUUGCUUUAUUUUACUUCCUAUUCCUGGGGAGUCUAAGGUUUCAGGUGUCUUGCUGUGUUCUCCGCCUCCAAACUGUGAAGAAGUUACUACUGUUUCCUUUAAUUUAUUUUGUUCUUGUUCAUAAAAGUCAGUCAGUCUGUGAUUCAGCUGUAUCAUCAAUGUCACCAUCCAGCACUUUGGUAUCUUGUAUGCCCCAGGAAUGGAUGAUAUAUAUUAUGGUGGGGAGAAAAGAAGCCUUGGGUGAAGAAAGCAGAAUUUUUCUUACUACAGCUAUCAUUAGGGGUGUAUAAGCCUUUCAAUAUUAAGAUGGGCUGCAAUAUUCUAAUCAAAUUUUAAUUUUAAUCUGGUCACGAACUACAGAUUGCUAGAUGACACAUCUUGGCAGCAGAAGGGCACUUGUAGGGGAUGAUUCUGAGCAGUUCUUAGAUGUCUUAUUUACAUCCAUAUUUCUGACUUGAGACCCAGUGUUGGUGAAUCUCUUAGGAAUUUUAACCUUGAAACCUUUGAGACUGGGUGGUGAAGGGAAUGGAUUAAAAAAGAAAUUUCUAAAUUGUUUUUUUCUCUUCCAAAGUAGUUUAUAUUUUUGGAGAAACAAGCUUUCUCCUUUUGAAUCUCUUACUGGUUUCUCUGGUAUCUUCCCUAGUGUCAGAGUUUUUCAAAGUGUGGCUUGUACGGUUAGUGUCUAAUUAGAUGGGACAGAUUACCCCAUUACAAUCCACACCCCUGGCAGCUACCAGUCCCUAAAGAGGGUUUCACAGCCGCUUCAGAAGAGGCACGUGUCUUACUGUGGUGGCUAACCAGAAAGCUCUCACGAUGAGAUCAGAGAGGUGGCAUCGGGACUGAUGGCUCUCAGUAUUAUGGCUUCGCCUAUUUGGUAGGUCUUCUGUGCAUUGGAAUGAGCUGCUUUUCUUUUGCAUCUGACAGCAGCACCCUUUAGGUCUACUGGCUAUUGACAAAUCCCUGUUCGGCAUGGUGGGAAAGGGAGAGUGACAAGCAAUGACAUUAGCAAAGCAAAUUGCAUCUGUCCAUACAUUUUGACUCUCUUGUAGCCACAGUAGAACAUUAGUUACUGCCGCUGUGAUUGGCCAGUAAUGAAAUGGCUGUUAGAUUGCAGAGAAGUGGUUAUUAACCUACCUUGAGUAUAAAACAGCAGUCGCAUACAUGUGCAUUCUCAGCCUGUAACACUCCUUAAGAGAUCACCUAUGCCACCAGUAUAGCUGAGUCAGGGCUUUAGCCUGGUAUGGAACAGAGGUAAAGCAUUGUCUGCACUAUAAUGUGACUAUUCUCCUGACUAUUUCAUCUGUAAUGCAGAUGGGUCCUACAAGAAGUAUUGCAGCAUUUGUGUCCAGAUCCCUGCUAAAACUAAGGGCUGGUUUACAUGGUGCGGCCAUGUACAGUAGAGGAGAGUGAAUUCUAAAAUGCACCACCAUGGAAGGGAAUAAUUAUUUAUAAUUACAAGCAGUACUAUGUUAAGGUGGACGAGGGUACUUUGAGUGCAUGCCAGCAGGGCCCAUGCGGGCCAGUUAGCAUACAACACCUUUGGUGUGCUUUAGAAUUCACACCCCUCUAAUGCACAUUGUGGCAGUGUGUAGACAAAGCCCUAGCUGGUGAAUCAGAGGGUUACUUGUUAAGAAUACAUUGAUCCAAGAAACUGCAUGGUGCUGGCAUGGCUUCUGUUAGCGCUAAGGUUUUGUUGCAUUCAGAUAAUUUCGGAGCAUAUUCUGAAACAUAUACUCUUUUUACAAUAGUAGGUCAUUCGUCACUGUAAUUUAGACGUGUUUUUACUUGGUAGGACUGGGAAUUCAGGCUUCCAGCUGAUUGUUUUUGUGUCACUCACUGGAGAGAGAGCCCUCUGAUCUCACUAUACUUGUACGACUUCAGCAGAAGUGGGGGGCAGGGGGAAUGAAUACAGAAUGGUGUUUGCUCUAUGUGAGCAGGUGUCUUUCCCAGUUUACUCACAAACACAGUCCACACACGGUAUAGAGUCCAAACUCACUCCCCUCACAGGGUUCUGUUUUAUUACCACAGAAAUUAACUAUAACAUACAUAGCUUCUCUCCGGGCUUGGCUGCUCAUAGUGUUCCUCCCACUGCAUUACUCAGCCCACACCCUAGAUUGCCUCCUUCUAGAAAGCUUCUCUCUCUUCCCUUGUAUCCAGUGCGGGUAAUGAGCCACCUACUUCUAUAAGUUAGCAGAACUCACUGUCCAUUCCCCAAGAUAAUCAAUGCCUGUUAGCAAGAUGGGGUGUUUCAGGCAAUCUCUGCCAGCUAGUCCAGUCCAGUCCAGUUUGCAUUUACUGAUUCCAGAGACUCCUAUAGACAGUGAAGAGUAUGGGAAGGCUCUCCUGUUCAUAUCUGGCAAAUACAAAAAGAUUUAAGUUAACCAGUUUCUGACGGUGACUGCUGGGUACUAUUCUGCAAUUACUGGUUGUUGCAUUGUGCUAGACACUGUACAAACACAUAGGAAGACAUAGUCCCUGCCCAAGGAGCUUUGUCAUACGUCAGUUUUGUGAGGGAAAAAAUUCCUUUAGGCCAAGGCUUCCCAUGGUAAACCUCAGCUUGCAGUCAGCCUGCAUCCCUUCUGAGGUUAUAAUGGACAUACGAGUGCAGUGGUUCUCGGCCUUUUUUCAUUUGCAGACCCCUAAAAAAUUUCAAAUGGGGGUACAGAUGCCUUUGGAAAUCUAUUGUAUGAACGUAUGUUGAAUUCUGUUCAGCCAGAUUUCAGGCCAAGUCUUUUGCAGAGCCCUUCGACAUAGUCCAUGGACCACAGGUUGAGAACCACUGCACUAGUGAACUCCUAAGUGCAGUUGUCUUUAGCAGGAGCCACUGUAAUACACCAGUUAAAGGGAAGGAAUAUAGGAUCCUGGGAGGACACGCACCUAAGAACAAAUAUCCCAGUGGGGCAGAAAAGAAUCGUUGAACAAAUGGACAAAUAGGGUGUAUAUGGUACUUCUAUUUGUAUUGGUGCUAAAAUAGUUUUAAAUCAUGUCAUUUUUAUUAACAAGAAAAUAGCCCUUUUUUUCCCUCUUGGAAAUGGGCAGAAUAAAUUUAAAAUUACACUAAUCUAAAUCAGCUAUAAACCCCCACCCUGAUUGCACAGUGAGUUAGUAAAGAUACUCCAGGCAAAGGUUUUGGUGGGUGGUCUGGAGAUUAAAUUUUUGUAAAUUAAUAUUUAUGGCACUGCGUCCACGUCAGCUGUGACCAUCUUGAUUGCAUAAAAGCAUUUACUGUGAAUGUGCCACGUUGAUUUACAGCUUUAAUGCUUGUCCUGGAAAUUUGGGUGCAAAAACCAGACUUUUUUCCAGUACAAUGACGUUUUUGCACUUUCUGUUUAUAGUUAAUAUCAUUUAGUACCCUUCUCUAAGUGGGUCUCUACGGCAGGCUGAUAUCAGUGUUACAAGUAAGGGGCAUGUUCUAAAAUGUGGGGAGAGAGGUUAAGGGACUGCAGCUGUGUGAGGAGAGUCAGCAUAUACCAGAGACGGAGUGGGGACAUCAAAUAGUGAAGCUUGCUGACUAUGGCCUAACAUUUAACAUGGCAAUUAGCUUUUCCUCAAAAGUUUUCAUUGUGACUGGCCACCUGUUGCAUGAGUACUUGGGCUGUAGUGUGUCUCUCCAGUGUAGAUGGCUGACUACAGAUUCUGCUACCUUUGAUGUCAGGAGCAAACAUGUUUUGGUUGGUUGGUUGGUUCUGCAGCCCAGCCUGUUGGAUGAAUUGUCUGGCCACCAGCAUGGAUUUCUUGGAGCCUGGUGAAGCCCCCUGUGUUGGUUUCUCUGCCACAGAGUCCCAGACUGAUCAGAAAAUUGCUAUUUUUCAAAGAGAACCGGACCCAGCCCAGUUAUCAGAGUAGACAAGCACUUCUCACCAUGGGCAGAUACUAAACCCUGUCUUCUAAUUAUUAAAUCCCUGUGAAACUCUUUUUGCAUGAGGGUUUCCAUUGCUACAGUGUGGUCAAGAGGGUUAAUGGCUCCAGUGCAGUGGUUGAAAUUAAAGCCACUGUACGUGUUCAGUUUAAUCAGGAGGCGACUGCCUAAAAACUGAGCAGAGAUGCUGUGAGAAUGGAAUUACUAGAGGGACCAGAGCAGUCAUCACAGAACUCAACCCCAGAAAAAGACAUUUUCCUUUGUCUUUUAUUGUGAUCAUUGCAAAUGAUGACCAAAAUCCACUGUUAGCAAGACGGUAGUCAUUCAGGGUCGGCCCCAAAUGCCAGUCACUAUAUUCUAUAUAGUCAACUGGUUCAGUUUCCACAUGGUGAAAUGGGCUGCUCUACACACUACCAUUUAGACAUCUGUGAAGGAGAAGAUGGCUGGAGAGUUCCAUUUACAAAUCCUUAAUGGGCCCGGUGUCUCAUUGUUCCAGGGCUUCCAUUUCAAGUGUCUAAAUCAAUUUUUAAGUCUAAACGUUUCUAAAAAGCCCUUAUGGUAUGCCAAUAAAAUACGCUUUUGCACACACAAGUAACUGCACAGUUACCCAUUUUAUGUUUGUUUGCCUGAGCCUUUACCUAUUUGCACGUCCACACACUUUUUGUUGGUGUAACUUUAGAGCCUUUUGUGUGUGUGAAAAUAUAGCCCUAUGUAUGCACUUUCAGUGCAGGGCCUAUUGGUCUCUCUGUAGAGAGGGCUAAAGCCCUGUUGUAGCUCAGCAAUUUGUAUGUUUCUGCCACUAAGGAGAGACUAACAAUAAUUUCUCCCUAGGUCCUCUUUGGUAUCAGAUGCCUAUGGAUAUUUGUGGUGAUAUUCACAGCGAAUCAGAUAUGUAGGAAAUGAUACAAUAGCAUUUCAGGGGACAAUGCACUACAAGCACUUAUGGCAGCCCCUACAGUAACCAAGAAUCUAGGUACCGUCCUUGAAUCAACGUAUCACAGUUCAUGUAUGUCCCCUUCAAGGCAGCUGAAGCAGUAAUAAAUAUUGAACUCACCCACCCCCAGACCAGGAAAGUCAUUAAUGCGGAGCUUCUGGCAUUGGUGACUCUCGUAAAAAGCUCCGUGCACAACUGUUCCGUUCACUAAGGCUGAUUGUCCCAGCCUAAAUUGUGGAUAUGGCACAGUGAAGUCCUAUCUGAGAGACCACCUCUCUUUUUAUGCCAUAGGGCCACAGCUGAGAGUGCAGUGAGCCAAACCCCCUUCCUCUAGAUCAGGGGGUUCUCAAACUGUGGGUAGGGACUUCCUCAAGCUGAGGUUAUUACAUGGGGGGUCACGAGCUGUCAGCCUCCACCCAAAACCCCGUUUUGCCUCCAGCAUUUAUAAUGGUGUUAAAUAUAUUAAAAAGUGUUCUUAAUUUGUAAGGGGGGUUUGCACUCAGAGGCUUGCCAUGUGAGAGGGGUCAUCAGUACAAAAGUUUGAGAACCCCUGUGCUAGAUGGGCAGGGACUUGCUAGCAUGGUGUUCUCUGGGAGGAGGUCAAAUUUGAAAUUCAUGCUCCUCCCAGCCUGCCAGAGUCCAGUUCUGUAAACCUUCAGGGCAUAGUACAAGACCCGCCUCUCCCCCUCCCCUCCACCCACAACUCCAGCUGUGGGGGAGUUCAGGCUGGAGCUGUUUUGUGGUUUGUUGUGUUUUAUCCACUGGUAAGCAAUUAUUUGGCAUUGGGAAAAGGAGCCUUUAAACUUUGUUAUGAAAUUAAAUAAGGCCAGGGAGCCCAGCAUUUGGAAUAGGCACCUACUCCUGCAUUUAUAAAGCAAUAAUACACUAAACAGGGUAGAGGCCGCUUGACUGUAUUGCAAACCAUAGCUUCCCAGCGUCCACUAGAGGGUGUGUUAGGUGAUGGUGAAAUAGCAAGUCAAGCCAGGGGUGGGGACAGAGAUGAGAGGGAAGAGAAGUUAUUGGACUCAGACCAGCAUCCCCUACUGGAAUGUCAGGCUUUGCCAAGGUAGUCCAAGCCUUGCAAGGGAGAGAAGAGUGUGUGGCUAGAGCAGCAUUAGCAAACAAUGCCUUCACUCCGUCUGAUAACAAACUGAUCGUUUAGCGUAUGCAGUGCAUGGCUCAGUUUGCUGCUGGUGCUCAUGAGCCCGCUUUUUCUCUUGCAGUAUGUCUCUGUUGCUAAGCAGUCACAAAUCCUACAGGCAGGUGCAAAUUCCCACCUGGCAAAGGCCUGUUGCCUUGUGCAAAUGGGAAAUGUCCUUUCACUGUUGACGGAUCCCAAACACCGUUGUGCUGUUAUUAACGUGAGCAGGCCGUGUUUGAGUCCCAGUUUUAAAGCUUUGUGCUUUAUGUAGUUGGUGGAUGGGUAAUUGGGAUGUGUACUCUUAUGGCCUUCAAAGGGAAAAACAGGAUCAUGUUAAGAGCUGUGCUUCCUGCAUCUCUCUGCAUAGCAUGCAGAGCCUGUUUUGGCACUGGGAGGAGCGUGUUGCAGACCCAUGUGUAUAGUGUUUAAAAACGCUGAGCAUUUACACAAGCUGAUUGGAGGCAGCACUUUGCUGCAAAAGUGAUGGAUCUGUCUGACUGACGUGUCCACCUGGCUCUCGUACCGGAAUUCUUCUGAACCAGGGCCACUGGGUAAGCAGUAAGAGGAUGUCUGCAAAGUGUAAACAGAAAUAAAGUGGAAAGUAAGGUUGGUUUGGUGGCAUGAUAAUGACAAAACUUGGGGAGAGGAGCCGGCUGGGCCAAGACAAGGAGUUAGUUCCACAGUUGUUUCUGGUGGUGUUUCAGUGUAAGUGUUGCUUUGCCUGUUUCUGGCAGUAGCCAGCAAGAAGCAUUGGAGAGAAUGGGAAUGAAAUGCACCUGCAAAGCUUGAUGGGAAAGAACUGUUUGUCUCUAGCAUGUUUCAGAUGUUGUGCAAAGGGGGGGAGCAAAUUAAAAGCCUAGGUUCAUUUAGCAGCACCCAACAGUGUCUCUAUCCUAAUAAUACAUGUACUGUUUUUCAGCAACAACCAGCAAUCUGCAGCUGCAGCAAUGUUAAGCCACUGGCAGAGGCAUUUCUGACCUCUUGACCACUGUGUCAUGCAUGAUGGGCAAGGUGCCUGAACCCUGGCUAUACCAGUGCUGAUACCAUUGCUCCCACCAGUGCAGCUGCGGGAGUUGCUGUAAUACUUCACUUAAUUUUUCUAGUCAAGGUCAGGAAGUGAUGGCAAGCGUUUUAAAAUUUGUGCUGUGUGGCUGAAUCAGGUGCAGCAGGCUUUGUCCUUAGAGGUGUUUCAAUCCCUGGCUGAAAUUGUCAGUGGUGCCUGAGGCAUUAUCAUUAAUGGCAGUUAAGCAUCCAGAUUCCCCUAAGUUACUAAAAAUCCCUUUCUCUGAAAUUUAAAUACUACAGCCUCUAUAAGAAAUUGAUAAUCUGAGUUUAAAUGGGAGAAUAACUGAAAGGAUUGCGUCAGCACUGAAGUGAAGACAAAGUGAAGUGUAGUGGAAUAUCAAGGAGUUUCCAGGCCCAUGCACCACUUUAAAAUGUGACUAAUUCCCUCGGGGCAAGUGGCGAAUGUGCCUUUGAAAGUCUUGCCUUAGCUCUCUAUCUUUUGAAUAAUCAGUGAUGGAUGUGUACGUCCAUGAAAUUACAUUUCUUACCUAAAACGUGCCAUAGAAAUCUGCUGCUUCCUGUGUCAGAUUGCGGCUCUAAUUUUCCCUGGUUUACAAAUAAACCAGGCUGUGUUGACCUCUCCCAAGAGGCUGUCCUAUUCAUAUCAGUAACACUUUUGAAACAUAUUCAGGUAUCUUUAAACACUGCUGUGCAACUUCCUUGUUCAAUUUUACAUAUUCUGAUUUCAUGAAUAGUCAUCUAAGGCAGGAAUAAAAAAACAAACCUCUGCAUUAUUUUUCCAUGGGCACUGUCAGGUUUAUUAAGCCCCUGAUUUAGCUUGCUUUGUAUAAACCCUUCUUGAAAAACUCAGACCCCCCCUCCCCCAUGAAUACGUAUUUUCAUUAUUUUUGUAUUGUAGGGAAAUGUAUUUAUUUAAACCUUCCCUGUUGGGUUUGGAUUUCAUACACCACCAUUGAACGGAGCACGAGAAACUGUGAAAUGGAUUUAAAAAAAAGUGAAACGGGCCAGUCUAGUUUCAGGCAAUCGUAGUGAAAUACAGAAAAUAAUGGUAUAAAUGGGGAAAGGUAAAUUUUAAAUUAUUAAAUCUGAAAAAGUUUAAAAACCUACCUUGGACAAAGACCGUUUUUGAUAGUGAUUUUUUUUUUUUAAUCUGAUCAUGUCACUGCAGCAGUUCCUAAGUUUUUGUUCUGCUUAGUAAAAAUUGUACAUUGUGAGGUGCAUAAAGCCAGCAGAUGGGUGGGGAUGGGGAGCCUGUUUUUAUUUAGAUGUCUAGGGCAUUCAGUACAAAUGGGACUUUGUGCCUCCCAUGAUGCUAUACCCCUUAGGGUUUUCACAUAUACGGGAGCUCUCUGGGUUACUGUGAAGCUUUUAUUUAAUAGUUUUAUAUCCUGCAAAUCAGUAUGUGAACACACCUACCACACUUAAUGGGGUGGGAGUGAUUGGCAAGAGCCAAGUCCAGUUUGUAUUUGAAGCCAGAUAUUAUGUAAGCUUCACAUUAAACAAAGUGUUGACAAGGAAAUGCUCAUUGAGCUUUCACAAAAAGAGUUCACAAAAAGGUUUGAAACAUUCCAGUACUCUCUCUUUCUGCUGAGGAAUCCUCUCCUCUCCCCCCAGAACCCUUUCAAGUCUGCUGCAAUAUAAAUUUGAAGCACCCUAAAGUUCAUGGUGACUCACAUCACAGGCUUACUCUGUUAAAAUGCAGUGGUAGGAUUCAGUUAACAUAGUGUGCUGUCUGGUUACACUCAAAAUACAGGCUUAGGGCACAAUUUGUCUCGUAUCUGCCACAGUGGAGCUAGAUUUUUGGUGUGAUGCACUUCUGUUCUUCCUAAGCAUUAGGAACAUCCAUGUGGGGGGUUCUCUGCCUGUAGGGAAAGCAGUAUGUCUGAGCUGAAAAUCAGCUGAGUGGCAUAGAGAGCGGAGUUAUGCAAUAAUCGUACAAUGCCACUUACCGAAGAAGCAUUCCCUUUGGCUUUGAGUCACCUCCCUUGGCACCACAUGACUUGCAAAGGAUUCUGGGGCUACAGCUUCAGCAGGACAACUGAAUCAGGGAAGUGUUUUUAAAUUGAACGGGGAAGUGUUUUCUCCUCUCAAUUAUAAUUUGUUUCUUUUAUGCUUGUGUGUGUAAAGUUGCUGAUUGAUUUUUAGACUGGGCAACACAAUAUGAGAAUCAACCUUUCUCUUGGAGGAAAACGGGGACGUAUGGACUUGCCCACAGCCUUUUUUAAAACAUGAGUUAGCAAGAGUAGGAUGUGUUGGUUCUGUCCCUGAGUGUUCCAAUUGUACUGUGAUUCCUCACCUUGGGCUGUGCGUAAGAUGAGUGACAAGAGAAGGAAACAAGGUAGGAGCGAUUUUUAUUGAAAUUGAAAGCAAGCUAUUCUAAACAGCGCUUUGUGGGGGAAGAGUGAAAACAAGGCCCAGGUUCCCCCCCCCUGCUUUGGCAUCUCAGCCUGUAUUCAAUCUGGAAUUGUCCCCAUGGAGGGCUCUCUUCCCCCACUUUCUCUUGACCAAAUCUCCCAUUUCCCAACCUCACCCCCUCUUUUCUACACAAGGCUGUGAAUGUGAGCCUCAGCCUCAGGCUAUGGGGCUACUGGCUUUUUUUUUUUUUUUCCUUUGUAAAUGUGUCCGGUAACCUUGCGUCUUGCAUCAAAUGUUGUCCUAUGCAGUCGCAUGGUAACACUGAGGAAGAAUAGCUCUGACUGAGCAAUCUCGACCCAUGCAGAGUGAUGAAUGGGUGCGUUCCCAAGGAGAAUGGAGCAUUUAGUUACUAAAGUAAUUUAAACUUACUAUAAGUGGCUUUUUAUUGCAAUUUGCUAAUCAAAUUUGAUUCAUAAUAUACUAAACUGACAAUCAAUUUCUAAAAUACAGAAACCCCUUAGAUGGGGAGGAUUGAAUAUGUUUUCAAUAGAAAAGAACUGGGGUAACUUUGUCCUUAGAAAAACAACAGAGAAAACAGUUUUUGUGGUGGUUGUUUUCUGAAGCAAUCACUCCAUCCACUGAGUUGCAUCACGCUGCAGAAGAUGUACAGGACAGUAACUACCUCCCUCUGUCUGAGUGCUGAGGUUGCCAUGCUACACAUGUUGCUAUUUACAAAGCUUUUAUGUAGAACAGUGGUUCUCAAACUUUUUUCAUUUGCAGACCCCUAAAAAAUUCCAAAUGGAGAUGUGGACCCCUUUGGGAAUCCAUUAUCUGUACAUGUAGUUUUAUGCUGUUCAAAGUCUUCUGUAGACCCCUUAGACAUAGUCUGUGGCCCCCCCAGGGGGCCACAGACCAUAGGUUGAGAACCACAGAUGUAGAACACAGAUUUAAUUUUGCCCCACCUGUGUUUUUAAAAUGCAGGUCUGCUCUGUUAAGUGACUCUGUGAAAAUGGCAUCUGGGGUUGGGUGUUCAUUCUAACCGACUCCAGCUUUGGGUUACAAGCCAGAUCUUUUUUCUGACAGCCAGCCCUACAAACUACCUUUCAGUUCUGAAAGUAAAGCUGGGUGCUUUCUGGCUUGUUCAUGCUCUAAUAAUGAAGGCCAAAGGCCCGUGUUAAACCUGUAAGACUGGACUUAACUCAGUUCCAGCUCCAGGAAGUUAACAAUCCUAUUACAGUAGGGGAAGACUCCAGCUCCCUCCCUCUCCUGAAGAGUUGUUGGUGCAGAGCUGACAGAUGCGAAAAGCAAUAAAUACCUUAUUCUAGUCACUAGGCAGCAGAUCUGACUCUGAAUAGACAGGGGAGAAACAGACCCGCUAUGUAAAAAGGUGCCAUUUUUACAAAGUCCCUUUUCAAAUGAGAACAGCACUUUACCUAGGUUACAUUAAGGAAGAAAAACCCCAUGCCUGAAAAAAUGCACUUUAAAUCUUAAAAUGAGUGUGGCUGUUGCUGGCUUUGUAGCCACUUGUACAUGCAGCUGGAUUGUUUUAGCAAGAGUGUUUUGGAGGGAGUGAUGUUGCUAAACCUUUGGCUGCUGCCAUUGCCUGCUGCAGCGUCAUAAGCAAAUGCAGCUCUACCUCCUACCUCAGCAUCCCCUCCUCGUGCAAGACUGUGGCCCCGGCUACACUAAAAAACCCAGGAGAUUACCCACCACAGCAACAGUGGUUGUAACUCUGCACGGCAGUAGCAUUCUCUGAAUGGGCACAAAUUGAUCUGUGUGAAUGCUUUUAUAAGUGAGCCUAAAAAAAAUUGCCCUCAGCUGUAGAGUGUGUUUUAACACCCAUUUAUAAUAGGUCAGAAGUUACACCAGUUAUCUUACAGCAGAUGGACCAUCAACAUGCCCCAGGCUUAACUCUGUUAUAACAGGACUGAGCCACGACAGAGCUGUUACUGGGGUUUUAGUAUAGAUGGGGCCCUAGUCAGUUCUGUGGUUUUAAAGUCCAAAUGUUAUUCAUGUCUCACAUGGACCCUGCUUUUGCCUCAUGUUUAGAGUAACCAAAAAUAUAAUAAUUGGGACAUCUCUUUAAAAUGCUGACCUAUGAAGCUAAAGUUGGUGUAUGACACCUGUCCUAACCCUUGAGACUUUUUUCACAGGUAAGAAGUUUCGUGGUAUACUAACUUCUUUAAUUUUUUUUUUUUUGGCGUGGGGCAUUGUUAGAGUCCUUAUUUUAAAAAGGUGACGUUCACACUGAGUCUGCAGUAGGUUGAAGUGGGGCCCUGCUAUGUGUAAUUUGGUAAGAUCAGAACUGGUCUUAAAUGAUUUUACAAGCUUCUCCCAAGCUGGUCCUCUCACCUUCCUUUCCUCUCAGUGAUCCAGGCACACACCAGCACUUAGUGAGGGCUGGCUGGUAGCCUACACUGAUUGUUGAUGGUGCUGACAGGGAAGGGAAGCAAGAGGACCAGGGUUUGAGGCAUAAGGGGGAAGAUAAACAAUUGUACAAAACAUUUAAAUCAGUUUAGAAAAAGCUCUCAGCAUACAGCUUUAAAAACAAUGUGAAUGAAAACGUAGCAACUUGGUUAGGAAUCUUUGAAAAUUCUAUAAAUGUAUACUUGAAAUUCUGUUUGUAUUAAAAACAAAUUGCAUUUUCUUCUUUCUUUUAACACUGUAAAAGAACAUUAUGCAUGUGAGUGGUUUGAAAAUUAAAUGGUUUAAUACUCA